UGUCCCCUGCAGCCGGACCGCCUGCGUCCCCAGAGAGAGCUGGUGAAGUCCCUGCUGGGCAUCGGGAAGCGUCUGGCCACGCUGCCGACCAAGGAGCAGAAGACGCAGCGGCUGAUCUCAGAGCUGUCGCUGCUCAACCACAAGCUGCCGGCCCGGGUCUGGCUGCCCACCGCCGAGCGCCAGCACCACGUGUGCCGCGUCCCGCACACCCAGGCCGUGGUGCUCAACUCCAAGGACAAGGCUCCCUACAUCAUCUACGUGGAGGUUUUGGAGUGCGAGAGCUUCGAGACGUCCCCGGUCCCCGUCCGGAUCCCGGAGACGAGGAUCCGCUCGGCGCGCUCCGCAGAGAACCUGGACUGUGGCGGCGGCGCGGCUAGCGCUGUCUGCGGCAUGACGUCGGAGCACCGGGCGGGGAGUUUCUCCACCGUCCCCAACUACGACAACGACGACGAGGCGUGGGCCACCGACGACAUCGGGCAGCUGCAGGUGGAGGUGGAGACUCAGACCAGCAGCUCUGAUAACAUCAGUCAGUUUUCAGUCGACAGCAUCACGAGUCUGGAGAGCAAAGAGCCGGUGUUCAUCGCCGCGGGAGACAUCAGAUGGAGCGUGCCGGAGUGGACCAACACCUGGCUGCAUGGGACCAGCACCUGGAUGCAUGGACCAACACCUGGCUGCCUGGAACCAACACCUGGCUUCAUGGGACCAACACCUGGCUGCAUGGACCAACACCUGGCUGCAUGGACUACGGACUACCUCACCAACAGACCACAGUAUGUGAGGCUCCAUCACUGUUUGUCUAACGCGGUGCACUGCAGCACAGGUGCCCCUCAGGGUACGGUGCUCUCCCCCUUCCUCUUCACCCUCUACACCUCGGACCACACACACAACUCCACCCACUGCUACAUCCAGAAGUUCUCCGAUGACACAGCUGUUGACCACAGGUUGGGUAUCAGGGACUUUGUUAGCUGGUGUGAGCUCAACCAGCUUCAGCUCAACACCAGCAAGACAAAGGAGAUGAUCGUCAACUUCAGGAGGAAAACAUCCCCUUUCUCACCGUUGCUGCUGUUGCUGGUAUUCUUCCUGCUGGAGCUGUCGGGCCAACUCCAGGUCACUGAGGGGCCCCGGGGCCCCCCCCUGCUGCUGCUGCAGGGACACCGCCACCAGAGUCCAGAGGUUGUUGCUUCUGUUGGGAAACUGAGCUACAACCAGCUGGUGGAGAAAAUCAUCGACUACAAACACUCAGCAGACAGCAGCCGACAGCCUGAUCUGUCCUGUGGCUGCAGACACAACGGGAACAUCCUGCUGGACUCGGAGGGCCACAUCAUCCACAUCGACUUCGGCUUCAUCCUGUCCAGCUCUCCGAGGAACCUCGGCUUCGAGACCUCCGCCUUCAAACUCACGGCGGAGUUCGUGGACGUCAUGGGGGGUCUGGAUGGAGACAUGUUCCUCUACUAUAAGAUGUUGAUUCUCCAGGGUCUCAUCGCCGCCAGGAAGCACAUGGAGAAGGUCCUUCAGAUAGUGGAGAUCAUGCAGCAAGGUUCCCACCUGCCCUGUUUCCAUGGCUCCAGCACCAUCCGCGGCCUGAAGGAGCGUUUCCACAUGUCUCUGACGGAGGAGCAGCUGCAGCUGCUGGUGGAGCAGCUGGUGGACGGGUCCAUGCGCUCCAUCACCACCAAGCUGUACGACUCCUUCCAGUACGUCACCAACGGCAUCAUGUAACCAUGGCAACAACACCGCCAGGCCCCAUCACCACCAAGC